AUUCUAGUAAUUGUUGAGAUAUGGAAACACGAAAAAUUAGAAAAAGAAAACAUUCUUUUAUCUAUGAAAGUGAAGUUGCUGAUGAUGAAGUUGAAGACAAUUUUCAAGAAAGCGAAACAGGAAAUACAAACAUCUGUAGUAUUACUAAACCAACACCACCUGAUCACUUGAUGGCAAUACAGUCAAGCUCAGGGUUGCAUAUGUCAAAAUAUCUAAACAAUCCACAUUCCAAUACAUCUGAUAGCCAGCCUGGUAUAUUACACCCUGGUGUGUUGUCCAAUCAAUCAAAAACUAUCAUGGAAACACCAGUUCACGUGUUAAGUUCGAUCAACUCAUGUAAGCUAGUUUUCUAAAGUUGCAAAUUUCUUU